AUGGGGAGGGCGGGGUUCGGGGUGGCGGCGGGUUGCGCGGCGGCGACGUGCGCGAUCGCCGCGGUGCUGGUGGCGCGCAGGGCGGCGGCGCGGGCGCGAUGGCGGCGGGCCGUGGCGCUGCUGCGGGAGUUCGAGGAGGGGUGCGCCACGCCGCCGGCGCGCCUGCGCCAGGUCGUCGACGCCAUGGUCGUCGAGAUGCACGCGGGGCUGGCGUCCGACGGCGGCAGCAAGCUCAAGAUGCUGCUCACCUUCGUCGACGCGCUCCCCAACGGGGAUGAAGAAGGUGUAUAUUAUGCCAUUGAUCUUGGAGGAACGAGCUUCAGAGUCUUGAGGGUUGAAGUUGGUGCUGGGUCUGAAAUCGUUAAUCAGAAGGUUGAAAUUCAAGCCAUCCCUCAGGAAUUGAUGGGUACAAGUGAGGAUUUAUUCAACUUUGUUGCUUCGACUCUCAAGAAUUUUAUUGAAAGAGAAGAUGGAAAAGAUGAACAAAAGGCGCUUGGUUUCACCUUUUCUUUCCCUGUUAGACAAAAUUCAGUUUCUUCAGGGUCAUUAAUUAGGUGGACUAAGGGAUUUUCAGUUGGAGACACGGUUGGGAAAGAUGUUGCCCAGUGCUUAGAUGAAGCGCUUGCUAGGUGUGGAUUAAAUAUUCGAGUUACUGCACUGGUGAACGAUACCGUGGGGACAUUAGCUCUAGGGCACUAUUAUGAUGAGGAUACAGUGGCUGCUGUGAUCAUAGGGGCUGGCACCAAUGCUUGCUAUGUCGAACGCACUGAUGCAAUUAUCAAGUGCCAGGGUCUUCUUACAAACUCUGGAGGAAUGGUAGUAAACAUGGAGUGGGGGAAUUUCUGGUCAUCCCAUUUGCCAAGAACUCCUUAUGAUAUCUCUUUGGACGAUGAGACACAAAAUCGCAAUGAUCAGGGCUUCGAGAAAAUGAUUUCAGGGAUGUACCUUGGGGAAAUUGCAAGGCUGGUACUCCAUAGGAUGGCCCAAGAAUCAGAUGUUUUUGGUGAUGAUGCCGAUAGUCUAUCAACCCCCUUCAUUUUGAGCACACCAUUUCUGGCUGCAAUGCGCGAGGACGAUUCACCCGAUCUGAGCGAAGUCAGAAGAAUACUUCAAGAACAUCUGAAGAUCCAAUCUGCCCCUCUAAAAACUAGGAGGCUGGUUGUCAAAAUCUGCGACAUCGUCACCCACAGAGCUGCCCGUCUUGCCGCUGCUGGCAUCGUGGGCAUUCUGAAAAAGCUGGGCCGCGAUGGGAGUGCCGGUGCGGCCUCCUCGAGCGGAAGAACGAGAGACCAGCCAAAGCGGACGGUGGUCGCGAUUGAAGGCAGCUUGUACCAGGCAUACCCGGUGUUCAAGGAGUACCUGGACGAAGCCCUGGUGGAGAUCCUUGGAGAGGAGGUGGCGCGGACCGUCACACUGCGGGUGACGGAGGAUGGGUCAGGAACCGGAGCCGCUCUGCUCGCUGCGGUGCACUCGUCGAAUAGACAACAAGGAGAAGGUUCGAUAUAGUGGAUCAGAGAAGACAAUGGUGAUACAGCUUGCCCCUCUGUGCAAAUGUAAAAAGGGACAUUGUUUGAUAUCUAUAAUUCAUAUAUAUAAGAUCUGGUCUUGUGUAGAGAAAAUUUUCCUUGCGUCUCCGUAUCAUUGCGUGCC